UACCCGCUCUGCGUUGAUUGAACGGUGCAAACGCGCUGUGAGCCUGACUGAUCGCGGAUGCAGAGCAGGAUUAGAGCCCAGCAGGGAGCAGCUUCAGCUCCGCCCGCCGCGCUUUGUUUUCAGCUCCACGUCCGUUUGCUUCUUCAGCUGGUUCCUCCUCUUUCUCUUCUCUCAAAUCAGCUUUUUUUCUUUGCUCCAGAGGAGGAACCGGACAGAGAAGAAAUAGAUAGAGGGCCCCGCUGGAACACUGCAACAGGUUUAAAGGGAGCUGGAAUAAAAGAAAUUAUCCUAAAUAUGAUGGUAGCGGGUCCGCUGAAGAGAAGAACGGUUUGAUGGUUUCAGCUGCAGCGUGGAUGCGACAGAGAGGCGAGCAGCCAACAUGAUGCCGAUGUUUCUCACUGUGUACCUCAGCAACAAUGAGCAGCACUUCUCUGAGGUUCCCAUCAUGCCAGACACACUGUGCAGAGAUGUGGUGGAGCUCUGCAAGGAGCCUGGCGAGGCCGACUGCUACCUGGCGGAGAUGUGGAGGGGUUCGGAACGUGUGGUCGGAGAGGGGGAGCGGAUGUUGGAGGUGCUGCAGAAAUGGGGCCAGCAGAGAGGGGAGGUGCGUUACAUCCUGCGCCACCAGAGAGCUCCUGGACAAGAGUCAGAUGGAUCCAGGGCUGCAGAUCAGGUGAUGAAGAGGAGUCAGAUGAAGGCACCUGUGGAGAGAUAUCUAGAGAAUGGGCUCUCAGCUGCUCGUCUGGAUGUGACGCUGAGUGACCUGCAGGACCUGGCAACCCGGCAGCAGCAGCAGAUCAACGCUCAGCAGCAGCUGCUGGCGUCCAAGGAGCAGCAGCUGCGCUACCUGAAGCUGCAGGAUCAGCAGCAUCAGGACGCGUCCGACCAGGAGCGAGUGCAACAGCUCAGAGAGAACGCACACAACCAAGAAGCUAAACUACGUCGGGUCCGGGCCCUCAGGGGCCAAGUGGAGCAAAAACGCCUCAGCAACAGCAAACUAGUGGAGGAGAUCGAGCAGAUGACCAGCCUGUUCUACCAGAAGCAGAGGGAGCUGGCGGUAGCUGCCGCGAGGGUGGAGGAGCUGAGCGACCAGCUGGAGGCGCUGAGAAACAACAGGCUGGAGCCUCCUCUUCUUCCUCCUCCUCACCACAACACCUCCUUUGCAGCUGACCUGGAUCGGCUCUACAGAGAGCUGCAGCUGAGGAACAAGCUCAACCAGGAUCAGAGUGCUAGGCUGCAGCAGCAGAGAGACAGUCUAAACAAGAGGAACCUGGAAGUGGCUACGAUGGACCAGCGGCUAGCCGAGCUCCGCCAGCGGCUCUGGAAGAAGAAGGCUGCCCUGCAGCAGAAGGAAAACCUGCCGGUGGCUACGGAAGGCGUGGCCUCUCAACAUGGCGUAAGUUCCAGGGUGGCAGCAGUGGGGCCGUACAUCCUGUCAUCCUCUUCAUCAAGCUCCCAGGGGCCUCCAGUGCCACCUCGCCAAGCGAUGCAGGUUAAGCCGGCCUACCCUGAUGGCACUGCCACCUUGCCCAUGCCUGAUUCAUCCCUGAAGCCCCCACCCAGACCAGCAAAACCAGCCUCAGGCUUCAACACUUCAAAAAUUACCAAAAUGUCCGAGUGGAGCAGCUCGUUUUCUGAGUCCAAGGCGGGAAACGGCCACGCCUCCACCCUCCCUCGGAUGUUCAGCCUCAGCAGUCGCGGCCCAGGCGGGGACACCUUCACAGACCAGAAGGGCCUCUCUGAGUCCAACAUCCCGCCCCCCGUCCCUUCGCGAUCCAGUCACACCACAGACAAUCUGCCUAGGGACGAUCAGGCCUCGGGUAAAGGUCUGUCCACUGGGGUGGCGCCACCUCCACUUCCCAGCAAGACUAAACCAUUCAACUCAUUUGGGCCGCCAACCUUCUCUAAGCCCCUCUACAGCACUGGGACCUUCCCUGGUAAGGUCAGGCCAGUCGGAGGUCACCCUCGAGCUCCAGGAUUUCGGUCCAGCCACAGCAACACCUUACCUCUGCCCAACAAACAGGAGAGUCCUCCAGCUGCUGCUGUGCGACCCUACACCCCCGACCUCUUGGACGGCCCUCCUCCUGUGCUACAAAAGCCUCAAACUCUGGCUGCUUCAUCAAUCUACUCCAUGUACACACAGCAGGCUACGCCUGGAAAGGGUUACCAACCGGGUGGGCAGGGGACACUGCCUCGAAGCCAGAACCGAGUUUAUGGAAAACCGGUCCUUCAAGCCAGCAGUGGGCAGCAGUGUGUUGGUUCAGAAAACACUCCAUCAAACUCGGGUUGUUCUUGGCCCAAUGGGAGUGAGAGUGACAACAACUUUCAAAUUAUGGGCGACAGUGUUGGAGGAGACACAACAGAGCGUGCCACCCCUCGACCAUUAAGCCCCACCAAGCUCCUGCCCUUCCUGUCAAAUCCCCACAGGAACCCCAGCGAUGCCGACCUGGAAGCCCUCCGCCGUCGGCUGCACCACGCCCCCCGGCCCCUGAAGAAACGCAGCUCUAUCACAGAGCCUGAGGGCCCGGCUGGCCCCAACAUCCAGAAGCUGCUCUACCAGAAGACCACUCUGGCUGCCAUGGAAACCAUCCCCAUGGAGACUGUCAGUCCAGCAGGCGCACAUAUCGAGUCCACAAUUCCUGAAGACCGGACUGGUGUAACUUCCAGAACAGAAGACAACAGUGUACCGGACUUUAACCAGCAAUCAGCUGAAACUCUGGAGGACAGCAUGACCCCACCCCCUCUGCCCCCCCGCUCACCCAUCUCUGAUCCCAGCUCCUGCUGCUCCCUGCCCCCCCCACAGGAAGACAAGGAAGAGGAAGAAGAAUGUUCAUCCACUUUAGCUUGCCAAGACAACUUCCUAGAGGAGUUCCCACCAUACCCUCCUCCACCUUACCCCGGCUUUGUGGAGGCUGAGCAGGGAGAUGACACCACCAACCUGCAGCCACCAGAAGUCACAGGACAGGAUACACUGCCCCCUGGAAAGCGAUCCAUCCUCCGUAAAGCCUGCUCAGAGCGAAUUGACCACGGCAUGCGAGUCAAGUUCAACCCUCUGGCUCUGUUGCUCGACUCAUCUUUGGAGGGCGAGUACGACCUCGUCCAGAGAGUCAUUUACGACGUGGAUGACCCCAGUAUGCCGAAUGAUGAGGGCAUCACGGCACUGCACAAUGCCGUCUGUGCCGGACACACUGAGAUCGUGAAGUUUCUGGUUCAGUUUGGCGUCAAUGUCAAUGCUGCCGACAGCGACGGCUGGACCCCUCUUCACUGCGCUGCCUCCUGUAACAACGUUCAGGUCUGUAAGUUCCUGGUGGAGUCGGGGGCAGCCGUGUUCGCCACCACGUACAGCGACAUGCAGACGGCUGCUGACAAGUGUGAGGAGAUGGAGGACGGCUAUGCCCAGUGCUCUCAGUUCCUCUAUGGGGUUCAGGAGAAGAUGGGUGUGAUGAACCGAGGUGUGGUGUACGCCCUAUGGGACUACACCCCUCAGAAUGAGGAUGAGCUCGGCUUCAGCGAGGGCGACUGCAUGACGGUGCUGAGACGGGAGGAUGAGGCUGAGACAGAGUGGUGGUGGGCACGAUGUGGUGAUCAUGAGGGAUACAUUCCCCGCAACCUGCUCGGGCUGUAUCUGAGGAUCAAGCCACGGCAGAGGAGUCUGGCUUAAACCGCUGGCCGAUGUCGCCUUCAAAGGCUCGACGUGCUUCUAACCGCAGCAGCAGAAUAAACCUUCAGUGUUAAAAAGGAGGAAAAAUGUUUUCUGAAGCGCCACUGGACUUCUAGCCUCGGCACAAAGAAUGUAUCCCUGUUGGAGAGGACAGGAAAACCUCAUCAACGGAACGAGAGACAAUCUGUAGACAUCUUCUGUUUCCUGUUGUCAUUUUUAUUUAAUGUGUCAGAGAUUUUGAUAGACGUGAACUUUGGGGGAGGAGAAACAGAGGUAGAAUGAUCAGUUGUCAUAUUUCUGGAAUCUGCUGGUUGUAGCACAGAGCUUCUCCAGGAUGACGCCUCUCUGUUAUUAACUCCACAACAACACUGUCAACAACAACAAUGGCAUAAACAACCUUUUCCUUUAGGGGCUCCGCAGUGCUUCUUUUUACUUUUAUUUUAAUGAUGUGCAGAGUUCAGCUCAGAUGAGUUAAUGCUGUACGUGUGGAGGAAAAAUGUCAUUAAACUGAUCUGAAUUCA